GUUAUAUACAUAUAUACUUUUCUGAUUUCAGAAGGCCAGACUGCAGAUAUAUUCACAACGGUCCUUACGUUGACUGGGAAAGCUGGUAUAAGUGGCUCGUUUGGAUUGAUGUUUAUGUACACCCCGGAACUGUUUCCAAUCAAUUUAAGAAACGUUGGUCUUGGGAUGUGUUCAGCAUUUGCUAGGAUUGGUGGAAUGCUAGCUCCUUUUGCUAGUCUGCUGGCUGGCUAUGCGUUUUGGGCACCCGGAACCAUAUUUGGAAUGUGCUGUCUUGCUGUCGCCGUGCUGGUGACAUUCCUUCCAGAAACGACGGGGAGAGAACUGCCACAGACCAUUGAAGAAAUGGCAGCCUGGUACAAAACACCGAAAGUCAAUUGCAAUAUGACGUCAAAAGAGGAUGGCAGAUCUGCUGCCGAAAUGGCUGAAGGGAAUGACAAUUGAUUUUCUUGAGACGAGUGUCAGAAAAACCAUCUACAAAAGGACGAGUGGCAGACUCUAUAGUUAUAAAGAGCUGGGUCUGAGAACAUGCACAGGAUUGUCAACUUGAGAGGAUGCUUCAGAUGGGGAAUUCGUGAGGAUGCUUUAGAUGGAUGUAGGAUGAUGUUUUAGAUAGGAGAAUUGAGAUGGACAAUUUAGGAGGAUGCAUCGGGACAUUUGGGAUUAUGCUUAAGAUGGAGGAAUUUGGGAGAAUGCUUCCGGCGAAUUUGUUAGGCUACUUCACUGUCCCUAUACGGUUCAUUUAGAGAUACUGUGCUC